AUGAAAUUGUAUCCUUUGUCAGCCUUUGUGAUCGACGAACCAAAAUUCAAAAAACUUUACUUGGAAUAUGUUAAUUUGUCUGACAAACCGAUUAAGUACUUAGAGUGGCUUAUUAAAAAUAACUUCGGAAUAUUACAAGAUACUCAUUUCUCAAUAAUGCAGAGGGCAUUACAUGAGCUUAAACGUCCAGGUAACAAAAAUAAAUUUAUCAAUAUUGUACGCCGAGGAGAUAUAUUGCUAACUAACGGGGACAAUAGCAUGGGUUUAAUAGGACUUGCAGCUAUAAUGGUGACUGAUAACUUCGUGCUAGAAAUGCCUGGGCAUGAAAAAAAUAAAACAAAAAUGCUAUACAGAGGCAUUAGUAACAAUAGACGAAUUAUGAAACAAAUUUGGUUUGAUAAAUAUAGGCAUCAUUGGAUUAAUAUUUAUCGUUAUCCUGAUUCAGCUGUUGCUGAUGCUGCUGCCAGGUGGGCUUACCGUAACUAUUAUAACCCUACAGGCGGAUCUGUCAAAACUAUCCAUACUAAACAUGUAACAUACAAAAUUUCAACUAACUUCACUUCAACUAACUAUAGUUACUGUUCUAAAUUAGUUCUGCAAGCGUACCAUUAUGGAAAUCCGGAAAAAAAUGUCAUAGAUACACGCACGUUGAUACCAUUAUUCCCUUUUGAUAUUCUUGUCGCUAUAGUUCCAAAUAAAAUUCCUUCUUAUUUCACGAAUAAAUAUGCCUUACAAAGAAUUUACGCAGGUAAGCAUUGAAGUAAGUCGUAUAUAUCUUCAGUUCUUUUAGUGGUUAACGGUUUUGGUGACUCAAUCACCUCAUAUUUAGUGUGGGGACAAUUUUAUUUGAUUUUCAAAGAUAUAAUUGAUCUAUUGUAAAUGUGCACUUUUUUAAAUAAACGACGUUUUUUUGUGUUUGAUACUUACAUACAUUUUAAUUGUUCCAUCC